CAUUGAGGUGAUCGAUAGGGUGGAAUUCUGCAUACUAUCUCGGUCGAAAUCUUUCAAAACGGACGACCUGGAUCUAUAUUCUCAGUUGGGGACAGCAAAAUGACUCGGACAUCCCAUCGAGCUCAUCCGACGACUUCAUUCCCGGUCUACUGUCUUGAUUGGGCAGACGAUCAGACCCUGUUGAUGGGCGGUGGAGGAGGAGCGAGCCGGAGUGGCAUUGAGAACAAGCUGAAAGCAUGCAAAGUGUCCAAGGACGGGCGCAAUGUCAAAUACACAACAGAGCUGAGACUGAGCAGCGAGGAAGACGCCCCAAUGACCAUGGCAGUGGAUAGAAAGUCUGGUCAACUGGUGACUGGGAUCAAUUCUGCCGAGGCUUCUGUCAAAGCUGGGAGUAAUGAACACUGUCGGGUCUAUUCGUACCAGGACGAAUUUGCUCUGGUCCGAGGUCGAAAGACAAUAGAAGCGGAAUGGUCGGACGAUUAUCCUUAUCAAAAAAUAACCUGUCUGUCGCCGUCAUUCGAGUUUGUAGCUGUCGGCACGACGACAAAUAGUGGCACGGAGGGUCAGGUGGCAAUACUGCGGUUCCCAGAGCUCGAGCCAGUCCAUGUCUUGAGACCGGACGGAGAGCUCGUGGAUGUGGACUGGGGCGGUGCGGAUGGUGACUGGUUGGCCAUCACUACAACCUCAGCUUUACUCCUGUAUCGAGUGAAGGAGGGCGAAAAGUCUGACCGAAAGUUCGAGCUCAAACAGACCAUUUCUCCGCCGAGUUUAGACGCAAACCCAGUCAUAUAUCGCUCCGCAAGAUUUUCUCAGGACUCCAUUCUCCAUGCCAUUCUCAACGUAUCCAAAGUGAAGAAUCGGGGAGCUCCGAAAAAGUCUUUUGUUGUGAACUAUGGCCUCGCACCACUGCCCGAGGAUGGCAAGGGCAAGGAGAAAGCUACAGACUUGGAUCAAUGGGACAUCAUCACCCGCAGGGAAGUGGCGUCCAAGCAGAUUACCGUCUUCGACGUUAGCGGGAAUGGCAAAUUACUGGCGUAUGGUUGUGCCGAUCUCUCAGUUGGCAUUCUCGAUGCCAAGACGCUCUCGCCCCUUCUCAAGAUCCUUCAUGCACAUUCCUUUCCUCCCACAGCGUUGCGGUUCAACCCAUCCGCCACUCUGCUCGUCUCGGCCAGUGCUGACCAUACUAUCCGCGCUAUUGUCGUUCCGGCUUCAUUUGACGGACUCUCCAUGACAGUCAUAUUGCUUGUUGCCCUGCUGACCUUGAUACUGGCGCUGCUGUUAAGGAGAUGAGUCAAUAUCAGAAAUUGCUUCCGUCCCCGUUGUUCCAUGCAUUUUGAUGUCCUC